AAGUGGAGCUGUGGAUGAGAGCAGGGGAGCGAAUUCAACAGAGACGAUGAGAAGGAGUCUGCGAGGGGAUUAUUUCUCAUCAUCUUGCUAAAUGCACAAACAUCUUUGAUUAUCAUUUAAUUCAAGCCUCUAUCACACCGAUACAUCAGAUUGAUCGGAAAGCUGCAUGAUGGUGUGAGUUACAUUGCGUUUGAACGACUACGUCUUCUAUUUUGGGACUUAAAAGUGUCCCUUGAAAACGUUUAUGCAGCGCAGUGUUUGAAAACAAUCGCACAUCUUGUUGGUUUGGUCACGAAGGAACAAUCUCCUUUCGGAGAAAAGACUUGGGAUCAUAGGAACAGGCUACAUAUUUCAUUAAGAAGAGGGAUUCUACUCGGUGAUAUACAGUUUUUUAAAGAGGAGAAGCGCAUUUUGAAUUUGGAAGGAACAUAAAGGCAGUAUGUGGCAGGGGUGGCUGCUGAAGUUUACCCUGGGACUUGCAGCGGUCUUGUUGGUCAAAGUCGAUGCCCAAGAUGUUGGCAUUUUAGAAAGCAAGGCUGGUAAAUCCGGUGAGCAAAGAGCCAACAGGUCGAAGCGGAGAGGCGGAGGUCAAGAUGUUCUCAAAGGGCCAAAUGUGUGCGGAUCACGUUUCAACUCUUACUGUUGCCCUGGGUGGAAGACUCUUAGUGGAGGAAACCAGUGCAUUGUUCCCAUUUGUAGAAGCUCCUGUGGAGAUGGGUUCUGUUCCAGACCCAACAUGUGCACCUGUCCAAGUGGUCAGAUCUCCCCGUCCUGCGGCUCCAAAUCAGUUCAGCACUGCAACAUCCGCUGCAUGAAUGGAGGAACCUGUGCAGAAGACAGCUGCAUGUGCCAGAAAGGAUACAAUGGAGCUCACUGUGGACAACCUGUUUGUGAGAAUGGAUGCCUCAAUGGUGGACGAUGUGUGGCUCCCAACCGCUGUGUCUGCACCUAUGGUUUCACAGGAGCCCAGUGUGAAAGAGAUUACAGAACCGGGCCCUGCUUCGCCUCCGUCACCAACCAGAUGUGCCAGGGCCAGCUGAGUGGCAUCGUGUGCACCAAGACGCUGUGCUGUGCCACAGUGGGCCGUGCCUGGGGGCACCCCUGCGAGAUGUGCCCUGCGCAGCCCCACCCCUGUCGCCGCGGCUUCAUUCCGAACCACCGGACGGGCGCUUGUCAAGAUGUGGAUGAAUGCCAGGCCAUUCCUGGACUCUGUCAGGGAGGAACUUGUAUAAACACAGUGGGAUCCUUCGAGUGCAAAUGCCCUGCCGGACACAAGUUCAAUGAAAUCAGCCAGAAAUGUGAAGACCGUGACGAGUGUGCCACUAUCCCUGGUCUAUGCAGCGGCGGCGAAUGUUCCAACACCAUCGGCAGCUACUUCUGCAGAUGCCCACAGGGAUACGACACGGCGAUAGAUGGCUCUCGGUGCAUAGAUGCCCGUGCUGGCUUCUGCUAUUCCAGUAUGGUGAGUGGCAGGUGUGCCAAUCCCAACUCGCAGCCCAUGACCAAGUACCAGUGUUGCUGUGACAGCGGCCGCUGCUGGUCCAACACCGUCACCCCAGAGAUGUGCCCGAUGAGAGGAACAGAUGAGUACCUACGGCUGUGCUCCCAAGUCCCAGCCGUUGGCCCUGGUGUUGCAGUCCCGAGACCUCCCAUCAUCACGGGACCAGGUUUUCCUAUUGGUCCUGGCGGUGGUCCUACUGGUCCUGGCAUUGGUCCGUACCCUGGUCCUGGCCAGAUUCCGAUCGACCCAGGACAGGUUCCGAUCGACCCAGGACAGAUCCCACAACCCAUUCGUCCUGUCAUUGUGACCCAGAACAUCACCAACACAUGUAAGCUGUAUCUCAAUCUCUGUGUUAACGGCCGCUGCAUUCCGACCCCUGGGAGCUACCGCUGUGAAUGCAACAUGGGCUAUAAGCUGGACUCCCGUGGAGAGUGCAUCGAUGAUGACGAGUGUGAGAGGAGUCCAUGUGUGCACGGCGAGUGUGUGAACACAGGAGGGUCCUACUUCUGCAAGUGUGGACCAGGCUUCCAGACCACGGCCACCAGGACCGAGUGCAAAGAUCUGGAUGAGUGUGUGGCCAAUGGGCGCAUCUGCAACAAUGGCCGCUGUGUCAACACUGUGGGCAGUUUCAACUGUGUGUGCAAUGCUGGCUUUGAACUCACACUGGAUGGAAAGAACUGCCAAGACCAGGAUGAGUGCCUGAGGAACAUUUGCCAAAACGGCAUGUGCAUGAACGAGGAAGGCAGCUUCAAGUGCAUCUGCAAGCCAGGCUUUUACCUGGACCCCACUGGACGCUUCUGCCUAGACAUUAAUGAGUGCGAAACUCCUGGCAUGUGUAUGAAUGGCCGCUGUGUGAACACAGAGGGCUCCUUCAGGUGUGAGUGUAUGCCAGGCCUGGCAGUGGGCCUGGAUGGCCGUGUGUGUGUAGAUACACAUAUGCGCAGCACAUGCUACGGAGGCUACAAGAGGGGACAGUGUGUGUGGCCCUUCCACGGUGCCGUCACCAAGUCUGAGUGCUGCUGUGCUAACCAGAACUACGCCUUCGGGGAGCCCUGCCAGCCGUGCCCACCUCAGAGCUCAGCGGAGUUCUUGGCCCUGUGUAGCCAUGGCCCUGGCACCACCACCGACGGCAGAGAUAUCAAUGAGUGUGCACUUAAUCCUGACAUUUGCGUAAAUGGAGUUUGUGAGAACAUGCUGAGGACAUACAAAUGUAAUUGUAACUUGGGAUUUGAAGUGGAUUCUACUGGCAAACAAUGUGUUGACAUUGAUGAGUGCGCUGUGAACAGACUUCUGUGUGACAAUGGACUGUGCAGAAACACUCCCGGCAGCUUCACCUGCCAGUGUCCCAAGGGCUACGUCUUCCACCCAGAGACCGACGUAUGUGAAGACAUUGACGAGUGUGAGUCCAAUCCCUGUGUGAACGGCGGGUGCAAGAACAGCCAGGGGUCCUUCUUGUGCGAGUGCUCCGUUGGCAGCACGCUGGACAGCUCUGGAACACAGUGCAUUGAGACCAGUAAAGGACGAUGUUGGCUCAAAGUAGUGAAUGGCCGCUGUGAGAUCAACAUUAAUGGCGCCACUUUGAAAUCACAUUGCUGUGCCACUCUUGGCGAGGCUUGGGGCAGCCCCUGUACCAAGUGUGAGCCAGAUCCACACUGCCAAAAAGGGUAUGGAAGAGUUAAGGGAUCAGUAUGUGAAGAUGUGAAUGAGUGCGAGGUGUUCCCGGACAUCUGUAUCAAUGGCAAGUGUGUCAACACGGCGGGCUCCUUCAUCUGCCAGUGCCCCAGCGGGAUGACGGUGGACGCUUCGGGGAGGACAUGCAUCGACCUGCGGACGGAGCACUGCUACCUGACCCACGAGGACGAACGCUGUGGCGCUCCCAUCCCAGGGCGGCACCGCGUGGACGGCUGCUGCUGCUCAGUGGGCGUGGCCUGGGGCCCCGAGUGUGACGAGUGUCCAGAGAAGGGCAGUAAAGAGUUCAGCCUGCUGUGUCCACGCGGGCCGGGCUUCUCCCACCGGGGCGACUUCAUCAACGGAAAGCCCUUCCUCAAAGAUAUCAACGAGUGCAAAAUGAUCCACAGUCUGUGCACCAACGGCCGCUGCCGAAACACCAUUGGCAGUUUCCGCUGCAGGUGCGAUAAUGGGUUUGCCUUGGACUCCGAUGAAAGGAAUUGCACAGAUAUCGAUGAGUGCCGGAUCUCCCCCGAUCUCUGUGGUCACGGCACGUGUGUGAACACGCCGGGAGACUUUGAGUGCGAGUGCUUCGAGGGCUACGAGAGCGGCUUCAUGAUGAUGAAGAACUGCAUGGACAUCGACGAGUGCGAGCGGAACCCUCUGCUGUGUCGUGGCGGCGAAUGUAUCAACACCGAGGGCAGCUUCCACUGCUUGUGUCCGGAGGGCCACUCCAUCGCGCCGGAUGGCUCCGCCUGUCUAGACAUUAACGAGUGUGAACUGAGUGACAAACUCUGUAAACACGGCCAGUGUAUUAACAUGAUUGGACGCUACCAGUGUGCCUGUGACACCGGAUACAAAUCCACAGAGGACAGACUUUCUUGUAUAGACAUCGAUGAAUGUACCAUCCAGAAUGGCGGCUGCGAAACGUUUUGCACCAACUCGGAGGGCAGCUACGAGUGUAGCUGCCGCAGUGGCUACGCCCUCAUGCCGGACUUGCGCAGCUGCACAGACAUUGACGAGUGUGAGGACAAUCCAAAUAUAUGCGAUGGGGGCCAGUGUACAAACAUCCCGGGUGAAUACCAGUGUCUGUGCUUCGAUGGAUUCAUGUCCUCUGAAGAUAUGAAGUCAUGCCUGGAUGUUGAUGAGUGUGAGCUCAACCCAAACAUCUGCCUGAGUGGGAAGUGUGAAAACAGCAGGGGAUCUUUCAUCUGCCACUGUGACCUGGGAUACUCCGUCAGGAAGGGCACCACCGGCUGCACAGAUAUCAACGAGUGUGAGAUUGGAGCCCAUAACUGUGACAGACAUGCCACGUGCACCAACACAGCAGGCAGCUUCAAGUGCAGCUGUGCCCCAGGCUGGAUCGGUGACGGGGUUAAAUGCACAGAUCUGGACGAGUGCUCCAACGGCACCCACAUGUGCAGCCACAACGCUGACUGUAUGAACACCAUGGGCUCCUACCGCUGCGUCUGCAAGGAAGGCUUCGCUGGAGAUGGCUUCUACUGCUCAGACAGCGACGAGUGUGCAGAGAACGUGAACCUGUGCGAGAGCGGCCACUGCUUGAACGUGCCCGGAGGCUACCGCUGUGAGUGCGACAUGGGUUUCUUCCCUACGGCUGACGGCAAAGCCUGCGAAGACAUAGACGAGUGCUUCUUCACCAACGUCUGCAUCAACGGAAGGUGCCAGAACAUGCCGGGCCUGUUCAGAUGUGACUGUUACCCUGGGUACGAGUUGGAAAGAAGUGGCGGCAACUGCACAGAUGUCAAUGAGUGUCUUGAUCCUACCAUUUGCAUCAGUGGGCUCUGUGAGAAUACUCCUGGCAGCUAUAAGUGCAUCUGCCCACCAUUCUUUGAACUUAACCCAUCAGGGGUUGGCUGCGUGGACACCCGAUCUGGCAACUGUUACCUGGACGUACAGUCUCGUGGCGACGCGUCAGAGAGCCUGUCCUGCUCCAACGAAAUUGGCCAGGGGGUGUCCAAGGCCUCCUGCUGCUGCUCCCAGGGCCAGGCGUGGGGGACGCCCUGUGAGGAAUGCCCCUCACUCAACUCCUCGGAGUAUAAAACCCUGUGUCCUGGAGGAGAGGGCUUCCGGCCAAACCCCAUCACUGUCAUCCUGGAGGACAUCAACGAGUGUCUGGAGCUUCCUGGUUUGUGCCAAGGAGGAAAUUGCAUUAAUACAUUUGGGAGCUUUCAGUGUGAAUGCUCAAAGGGCUUUGCAUUGAAUGAAGAGACCAGGAUCUGUGAAGAUGUGAACGAAUGUGAGCGUCCAGGAAUCUGCGGGCCCGGUCAGUGCUACAACACCAUCGGCAACUACACCUGCAUCUGUCCACCAGAUUACAUGCAAGUCAAUGGUGGCAACAACUGCAUGGACAUGAGGAAGAGCCUUUGCUUCAGGAAUUACUAUUCAGACAAUGGCACGUGUGAUGGGGAGCUCAACUUCAAUGUCACCAAGAAGAUGUGCUGCUGUUCAUACAACAUAGGCCGAGCCUGGCACAAGCCCUGCGAACAGUGUCCUGUACCAAGCACAACUGAAUUUGCCCAACUAUGCGGCAGUGAACGGCCUGGCUAUUAUAUUGACAUUUACACUGGACAGGUCAUCGACAUCGAUGAGUGCAAGGAGAUUGCUGGUCUGUGUGAGAAUGGUCUGUGCAUCAACAUGAUUGGAAGCUUCAGGUGUGAGUGCCCCAUGGGAUUUGUCUAUAAUGACAAGCUGCUCAUCUGUGAAGACAUUGAUGAGUGUCAGAAUGGACCAGUGUGCCAGCAGAAUGCUGCUUGUCAGAACCUGCCUGGAAGUUACCGCUGUGAGUGCAAGCCUGGCUACCGCUUCACUCCUACAGGACAGUGCCUGGAUCGUAAUGAGUGUAUUGAGAAUCCCAAUGUGUGCCACCCCGGACAGUGCUUUGACAACAUUGGGAGUUACCGUUGCCUAUGCCCUAAUGGGUAUAAGUCCACCUUAGAUGAAUCCAUGUGCAUAGAUGUGGAUGAGUGCGAGAGGCAGCCGUGUGGAAAUGGGACGUGCAAGAACACACUGGGCUCCUACAACUGCAUCUGCUACCCUGGCUUCGAGCACUCCCACAACAACGACUGCAUUGACACGGACGAAUGUGCCACGCAAAGGGGCCUGUGCCGCAACGGAAACUGCCUGAACACGGUGGGCUCGUUCCAGUGCGUGUGCCGGGACGGCUACGAAAUCACGGCGGACGGGAGGAUGUGUGUGGACAUCAACGAGUGUGCCGACAACCCUGGACGAUGUGGCCCUGGAACUUGCCAGAACCUGGAUGGCACCUAUAGGUGCAUCUGUCCUAACGGGUACUACGUUGUGGACGAGAAGUGUGAAGAUAUUGAUGAGUGCACACAGACCCCCGAUAUCUGCAUCUCUGGUACCUGCACUAACACACCAGGUGGCUUCAGAUGCGACUGUCCAGAGGGCUACCAACUGACCUCCUCUGGACGGAGAUGCCUGGAUAUGCGGAUCCACUACUGCUACACCAAGUUCGAGAAUGGCCGCUGCUUGGCCCCUCAGGCCCAUAACACCACCAAGGGGCAAUGCUGCUGCAGUGUCAUGCCUGGUCAGGGCUGGGGCGACCCCUGUGAGAUCUGCCCCAGCGUGGGCGAGGAGGCAUUUACAGUUCUGUGUCACCAUGUUGGCCAGACCUUUGGGCCAGAUGACAAGGCUCUUGACAUUGAUGAGUGCGCAACCAACCCGAAUGCCUGCAAUAACGGAGAGUGCAUCAACACGGAUGGGUCUUACCGCUGCGAGUGUCCCUUUGGUUUUAGACUGGACACCUCUGGUAUCAACUGUGAAGAUAUCAACGAGUGUGACCUUGGCAACCCAUGUGGCAACGGGACCUGCACCAACGUCAUCGGGGCCUUUGAGUGCACUUGUGACGAGGGCUUCGAGCCAGGACCAAUGAUGUCGUGCGAGGAUGUGAACGAAUGUGCUCUGAACCCUCUGCUGUGUGCAUUCCGCUGUGUCAACAAUCACGGCUCCUACGAGUGCAAGUGCCCCACUGGCUACGUCCUCCGGGAGGAUCGCAGGAUGUGCAAAGACCAGAACGAGUGUGAGGAUGGCAUUGACGACUGUGAGUCACGUGGCAUGACAUGCAAGAACCUCAUCGGCACGUUCAUGUGCAUCUGCCCGCCAGGAUUCAUGCGACAGCCCAAUGGAGAGGGCUGCAUGGAUCUGAACGAGUGCAGCGCUAAACCAGGCAUCUGUCAGAAUGGACGCUGUGAGAACACGGUGGGCAGUUACCGCUGCAGAUGUGACCAGGGCUUCAACCCCAGUCCCACGCAGACUGAGUGCAUCGACAACAGGCAGGGCUUCUGCUUCACGGAGGUCCUCCAGACUCUGUGCCAGAUGACAUCCAGCAGUCGCAACAGCGUCACCAAGUCGGAGUGCUGCUGCGACGGCGGCCGUGGCUGGGGGCCCAACUGUGAGCUGUGCCCUCUGCCAGGCACCACGCAGUACAAGAAGAUGUGCCCACUCGGCCCUGGGUACACCACAGAUGGCAAAGAUAUUGAUGAGUGUAAGGUGAUGGGGAACCUCUGCAAGAACGGCCAGUGUGUCAACUCCCUGGGCUCCUACUCCUGCGUCUGUAAAACAGGCUACACCCCUGAUAUCAUUGGAACUCUAUGUGUCGAUGUGGAUGAGUGUUCCCAAGCUCCAAAGCCCUGCAACUUCAUCUGCAAGAACACAGAGGGGAGCUACCUGUGCUCGUGCCCCAGGGGUUACCUCCUGCAGGAGGACGGCAAGAGCUGCAAAGACCUGGAUGAGUGCUCAACCAAGCAGCACAACUGCCAGUUCCUGUGUGUCAACACCAUCGGAGGCUUCACCUGCAAAUGCCCUCCUGGAUUCACGCAGCACCACACUGCCUGCAUUGACAAUAAUGAGUGUGCCACUGAUCCUGGUCUCUGUGGAACCAACGGUGUCUGUCAGAACAGCCCAGGCAGCUUCAACUGCGAGUGCCAGCGUGGCUUCUCUUUGGACCAGAACGGUCAGAGCUGUGAAGACAUGGAUGAGUGUGAUGGAAAUCACCGAUGCCAGCAUGGUUGUCAGAACAUGGUGGGUGCGUACCGUUGCAGCUGUCCUCAAGGUUAUCUGCAGCAUUACCAGUGGAACCAGUGUGUGGAUGAGAACGAGUGCCAGAACAGCCAGAUCUGCGGCAGCGCUUCCUGCCACAACACCCUGGGCAGCUUCCGCUGCAUCUGCCCGAACGGCUUCAACUUCGAGCAGCACAGUGGUGGCUGCCAGGACGUCAACGAGUGCUCGUCCUCGCAGAACCCCUGCAACUACGGCUGCUCCAACACCGACGGAGGCUACCUGUGCGGAUGCCCGACGGGCUACUUCAGAGCAGGACAAGGGCACUGUGUCUCUGGCGUUGGCUUUAGCACUGGGGUUCCAUUAGCCAGCGGUGGAGGUGGAGGUGGAGAGGGAGAUGACAACUCCCUCUCCCCAGAAGCCUGCUAUGAGUGCAAGAUCAACGGAUACCCCAAGAAGGGCAGGAAACGCCGAAGCACCAAUGGAACUCUGGAUGAAAUGAAUGAGCAGGAGACAAUCAGCCUGGCCAGUGUGGACGUUGAAGACACCCUCCUGUUCAACCUGAACAUCAGUGAUGUGAAAAGCAAGGACCACAUCCUGGAGUUCAUCCCAGCACUCUCCACCCUCAACAACCACGUCCGCUACACCAUCGACUUUGGUAAUGACGAGGGCCUCUUCAAAAUCAACCAGAAGGAGGGCAUAAGCUAUCUCCACUUAGCCAAGAAGAAAGCUCUUGUCCCUGGAGCCUACUUUUUACAAGUCAGCAGUGUGCCCCUGUAUAAGAAGAAAGAACUGGCUCAGUUGGAGGACAGGCAUGACAAAGACUACCUCACGGGACAGCUGGGGGAGACACUGAAAAUGAAAGUGCAGAUUGUAUUCCAUUAACCUGGACAACAGCAGAAGGGCUUGCCACCAAAGAAAUGAGCGGGUGGGACUACUACAGUAUCAAUUCCCAAAGACGAUUCCAUAUAUCAUAGAUACAAUUUCUUAGCAUUCCAGUAAGAAUUACCACCACGGUGCCUCUUAAAUGCACUAGACAUGGAUUCUGCUGACAAAAACCACUUUGAUAUGCAUUGUAUGAAAAAAAAAAAGCGAAUGUCUUCAAAUAAGAUUUUGUACUAUGAUAUGUUGAAUCUGGCAACACUUAGUGGGACAAGGAAGACUGCAGGAAGGCACUGAUGCUGCGAUUUGUUCACCACUCGGCAGUCAGAAGUGUUCUUAUUUUUUAAAGUUUGAUGGACUCCGCUUUAUAAUUAUGCUUUCCCCCAUCUUCUCUACUGACUACAUCAUCGCUAAUCAUAUUUACUGGUGCUAGUAACAUGACAACAUAGAUUUAUAAAUGCACUGUAAUACUCCACAGGCACGGUGGCCGUACGCAGUCUGGCCUAUAGCAGGCCAAUUUCCCAUCUCUUUUGCAACCAACAGCAGUUAGUUCAAUAGCCUCUCUGUUCUCAGUAUAUGCCUAUGCUAUGUGUAAAUUAAGUGUGUUUAUACUGUAAUCAUGCCACUUUUUAAUCUUGGAAGCAUUUGUAAACUAGAUGGAGCCCUUAAUUGAAGAGGGCUUCGUUAUGGUGCUUAUAAUGACCAACUACUUUGUUUUUAUUUCUUUGUUUUUUUGUUUUGUUUUGUUUUAAAACUGUGUACAUCGUUCCAAUGAUAAAUAUCUGUGACUUCAACCAAAAUGAUGCACUGAGGUCCUCCUGGCCACUCACUCUUGCGCAAGUACAAUCAGUGCUGUCAUCCCCCAUGAUGACGACAUCAACACCAACUUAAGUACCAGUUUUUGUUUCCUGUGUUCACAUCAGUGAGGGGUAUAGGUGUAAAUUCACAAUAAAAAAUAUUUUGGUUUUA